GGAGGUAUACAGAGCGCCAUGUUGACAGCAGAACACUUCCGGUUUGUUAGGAUAGAAACUUACAGUUCCAGUUUGUGUUCGACCUUUUUUACCAUCAGAUACACUUUGAUACCGAGACUGGACCGUAAACUGGACCCAUACCGGACUUACACCGGACCACCGGGUCUGAACCCUUUCUUCACAGCCGGACUCACACCGGACCACCGGGUCUGAACCCGUUCUUCACAGCCGGACUCACACCGGACCACCGGGUCUGAACCCUCAGCUCCGGGAUGCAGCACACCGACACCUUCCGCCGUCUGACCGAGCGGAUCCUGGAGGAGGCGGCUCAGUCCGCCGUGUCCGUCCUCCUGAAGGACCGGGAGCAGCAAGAAUGGGCAAAACGGGACGAGGGGCAGACGCACCAGGACCAGGACCCGGACCAGGAGCGGGCCCGACUCUCCACCGUCUUGAACGCCAUGAGCAGAGAAGCUGCCCGUCAGAUCUGCAGAGUGUUCAAAGAGCUUUACAGCAGCCUGCGGAGGGAUACAGUGGAACACCUGGAGUCUGAGCUCAAGGCCAAGACCAGCACGCAGUCUAAAACCAAACCUUCAGUUGGCCCCGCCCACUCCCUGGACAUCAAUCCACCAGGUGGCAACCCUGCUACACCUGCCGUCGCCAUGCUCAACUCAGCCAAGUCAAGUGGAAGCAGAGGAAAAUCUGAGGUACCUCUGGUCACCAUCAGCCAUCUUCUGAAAGGACCAAUCACAGGCCAGAGCUGUCCCGUCACUAAUGCUAAACCUGCAGCUGAUGCGCAUCGGAAUAAACAACCCUCCAUGACAUCACUUCCUGUAGCUAAUAAUCAGCCAAACAGAGAGACGUCAGGCCAAGAAGACACGCCAACCACAGAAGAAGAACUGGCUGAUGAUAAAACAAUGAAGACGGACUGUUUGGGAGAGACAUCACCUGAGAGACACCCAGGUGAGACAGCUUUGGAGGAGGAGCAGAGUGAGGAGCAGACGGGGCUGCAGAGUGAGGAGCAGACGGGGCUGCAGAGAGAGGAGCAGACGGGGCUGCAGAGUGAGGAGCAGACGGGGCUGCAGAGUGAGGAGCAGACGGGGCUGCAGAGUGAGGAGCAGACGGGGCUGCAGAGAGAGGAGCAGACGGGGCUGCAGAGAGAGGAGCAGACGGGGCUGCAGAGUGAGGAGCAGACGGGGCUGCAGAGAGAGGAGCAGACAGGGAUUGAGAUUGUGGAGGAGAUUGUGGAGGAGCAGCUGAAGGAGCAGCAGAGGAGGAGGAGGAGGGAGCUGUAUAAAGAGAAGAGGUUCUUCUGUGAGCUCUGUAACAAAGGUUUCCAUCAGAAUCACCAGCUGAGGAAACACGUUUCCAGUCAUGUCAAACCAUUCCCCUGCAGCUCCUGUGACAGAGGUUUCUUUAAAGCUUCAAGCUUGCAGCGCCACCUGCUGGUCCACCAGCUGAGUGAGGCCCGGGAGAGCGACCCCGACCGCCUGCUGCGCUGCGACCAGUGUGACAGGAAGUUCGAUCGACUGCGACAGCUCCGGGUCCAUCAGGCGUCUCACCGGCUGCAGAAAUCGCCUCUGAAGUGUAACGUGUGCGAGCGCAGCUUCAUGUCCGCCGGCUCCCUCAGGUACCACCAGGUGUCCCACGCCCAGGUGAAGCCCUUCACAUGUGGCGCCUGUGGGAAAGGCUUCACCAGGAAGAAGAGCCUCCAAGAGCACCAGACCAUCCACACCGGCGCCAGGCCGUACCGCUGCCCCACCUGCGGGAAGAACUUCUCCACAGCUGGAAACCUGCGCGUCCACCAGAGGUCGCACUCUGACGAGCGGCCGCACAAGUGCAGCGAGUGUGACAAAGCCUUCAAGUGUAAGAUGGGUCUGCUGCAGCACCGACUCGUCCACUCAGGAGAGAAACCCUUCAUGUGUCAGACCUGCGGCCUGAGCUUCAGCCUCAAGUACAACUUCCAGAGACACCUGCGUCUCCAUAACGGAGAGAAACCAUACAGGUGUGAUAAAUGUGGAGAGCGCUUCACGGGUACCUGGGCGUUGAAGACCCACAUGCAGGUGCACGGCGUGGAGAAGACGUUCAUGUGCGACCUCUGUGGGAAGACGUUUUUCUAUAACUGUCAGCUGCAGAAGCACCAGCGGCUUGUCCACUAUGAAAAGGUUCGAGAGCGUGCGGUGAGACGGAGGGCGGCCGUGGUGAAACCGUUCAGCUGUGACACCUGUCUGAAGACCUUCAGUACCGUGACGGUGCUGAAGACACACGAAAAGAGCCACGCUGAGAACAAAGAGUUCACCUGUGACACCUGCGGGAAGUCGUUCCACCUGCGACACCUGUACCUGUACCACAUGAGGCAGCACAGCGGCGACCGCCCGUACGUCUGCGGCGUCUGCCAGAAAGGCUUCUUGCUCAUGACGCAGCUGAAGCAGCACGAGCUCCUGCACACGGGAAUCAAACCGCACAGGUGUGACGAGUGUGGAAAAGAGUUCAGGACAUCUCAGAACUUCCACCGCCACCGCCUGGUCCACACCGGAGAGAAACCCUACGAGUGCACUGUGUGCAGCAAGAAGUUCAGGCAGUCCAACCAGCUCAAGUCUCACAUGCAGAUCCACACCGGGGUGAAGCUGUACACCUGCGAUGGCUGUGGGCGUGGCUUCUCUGACUCCCGCCAGAUGAAGAAACAUCGUUGUGGAGACGAGUGUGACAGGCUGGAGUCAGGCAGCAGACGCAGAAAACAGAAGAACCUUUUUCCGUGGUCGGAGACUUUCACAAAUGAAUAACAUGAUAACAUAAUCCUUCUGAUUCCCAGUCAGAUUAGUUUAGCAUAAAGACUGAAAACAGGCGCUAACUGUUAGCCUCGGUCUGUCCAAAGACCCAAAGUGCACCGAUCAGCUGGUUGGUUUCUUUCAGACAGAGGGUGUACUGUCCCUUUAAAAGAUCUCACAAUGUUUUUAAUAUGUAACGACAAAAAGUGAUAAACCCGACCUUAGUUUUGUAUACAUGUUGGUUUCUGAAUGACUGACUCACCUGCAGCAGGUUUUUGAGAUAUUCUCUUUAUUACUAGACAGAACAAAAAUAGUGCUUGAGAACACCUGAGAUCACCUGAGAUCACCUGAGACCACCUGAGAUCACCUGAGAUCAUCUGAGAACACCUGAGAUCACCUGAGAACACCUGAGAUCAUCUGAGAUCAUCUGAGAUCACCUGAGAACACCUGAGGUCAUCAGAGAUCAUCUGAGAACACCUGAGAUCAUCUGAGAUCACCUGAGAACACCUGAGAUCAUCAGAGAUCGAAUAAUGUGGUUAUUUCUGCCCCUGUUGAAAUCCAAAGUAAACAUUUUCCUCUGUUGAAAGUCCUCUUCCUGUUUUCUUUCACAAUAAAGGGCCCAGUUCACUCAAAA